CGAUUUGGUUAAUCUAGUGUAAUUUGUAUACGACUAGAGCACGCGUAGAUUUAACACCGUCAAAACGCAAUGAAGACGAUUGCCGUAGUGACCCUGUUGAUGUUUUUCUGUGGUGGAAUUGAUAGUAGUUAUUAUUUGCAAGAUACCAGACCGCGAUACCUAACAGCUGCUGUUGGUGAUCACAUAGUGUUCAACUGUGAAAUCGAUUUUCCUCAGAGUUUUCCAAUACCUUAUAAACUUUUCUGGAAGAGAAGGGGCGAGGUUAUAUAUUCGUGGCAUGACGGACUUAUCACGGAAUCAGACGAUUACGUGGGAAGAAUAGCACUAAUUGAUAAAUCGCAACAACGACAUUAUGGUCUUGCAUCUAUUAAUUUAACUUCCAUCAGAGAGUCUGAUGCUGGAUGGUUUGAAUGCAGGGUUCUUUUUCCCAAUAGAACACCUCCUUGGAGAAAUAAUGGAACUUGGUUUCACCUCACUGUGAGCGGUGGAAACUUGCUGGCGAUUCCCCCAAUAAACCAGACCGUUACAGAAAGUCAAGAAGCACAAUUCGCUUGCCUAACGAAAGAUUAUGCUAUCAGAGUAAAAUGGUUCAAAGAUGGCAUCCCUCUUGAUGAAUACCAUGAUCUCCAAACCAGGUCCUGGAUCAACAAAGAUCAUACAUUGGUUAUCCGUCCUACAGAUUCUGGUGAUUUUGGGGAGUAUGAGUGUGAAGCAUCGAAUGCAGAUGGGGAAAGACAAACAGCCAGGGCUUUUCUGAAUGUUCAAUAUAAAGCCAAAGUCGUUUAUGCCCCUCCAGAAAUUCACCUGCCAUAUGGCCGUCCUGCUCUUAUCGACUGUCAUUUCCGAGCCAAUCCACCGCUUACAAACCUACGCUGGGAGAAAGACGGCUUUCUUUUCGACCCAUAUAAUAUACAGGGAGUUUUCUACCGUCGCAACGGAAGUCUCUUCUUCAACAGAGUAGACGAAACGCACAGUGGAACUUACACAUGUACACCAUUUAAUGAUUUGGGAAGCGCUGGGCCUUCUACUAACAUGCACGUGAUUGUUCAGAGGCCACCUGUGUUCAUCAGGACACCCCAUAACUUAUAUCUGAAGAAACUAGGGGAGACUAUUGAAAUGCCGUGUGAUGCUAAAGACGACGAGGAUGGGCAUAAACCGACUGUAGUUUGGUACAAGAAAAACGGCGAUUCUCUUCCCAUGGGUAGAUACUCAAUCAAUGAAGGAAAUUUAACUAUAGUGGAUAUCCAGGCUGAAGAUAAGGGCAUUUAUCAAUGCUCAGCAACCAAUAAAGCAGCGACUAUUACGGCAGAAACUGAACUUCUGGUAGAAAAUGUUCCUUCUAGUGCUCCUUACAAUCUGUCUGGUGUAUCUUCAUCCACAUCCGUCCAUUUGACUUGGUUGAUUGGAAGGCAACGAGCUAAUAUAGACUUCAGCAUUUGGUAUAAAACUAGAGAUAGUACUGAAUGGAAAACAUAUCCAGUACCCACCACGAAGAAUCUGGAAGCAACCAUCACUAACCUGAUUCCAGGUACGGAAUAUGAGUUCAUGGUGCUCUGCAAAGACGAUGACGGCGAUGGUCUCUUCAGCAAAUCCAUUCUUAUUUGGACCAAAGACUUGGAUGGUGAACCAGAGAAAUUCAAUGGACGCUACCCGCCUGUGGGGUACCCUAGAAAUGUAACUGUGUAUCCAACAGGUACAGGACUCAUGGUGAAUUGGCGUCAUCCAGAAUAUGGAUUGGAAUUUCUCAAAUGGUAUAUAGUGAGAUGGUCCAGGGUAGAAGACGAUUUCAUUUUUGGAACAGCAGAUACAACUAAUACAUCGUAUUUGAUAACAGAUAUAGUCGAGGGAAUUGAAUACGACAUACAAGUAGUAGCCUUAUCUAUAGAUGACCAACAGUCAGUCAGUGAAAAAGUAAAAGGAAUUUUUCCAGGAUAUAAGAGCAUAAAGGCUGUAGCUACUGGUAUCGUUGCUGGAUUGGGAUUUCUGGGAAUUGCUUUCGUUGCAGUGUAUUAUAUAAAGAAAAAAUGGUUCAGGCCUUAUCAUCAGCCCAUUAUAAAAACUUAGCCCAGCAAGAUAACUGUACUCAUCACAAGUUUUUUGUACCACAUAUGCCCAAGUUGGAGUAGUAUAAGUAGUCAUUGUUCUAGUCAUAUGUAUUAAACAAAUAUCAAACCGUU